CCCGCACGCCCCUCUAUCGCAUGUUCAGGUCCAAACGGUCGGGGCUGCUGCGGCGACUGUGGCGGAGCCGCGUGGCGUGCGGGGAUGCCCGCUCCGGGGCCGCCUGGGACCCCCAGCCCGGCGGGCCAGGACCGGCCGGGCCCCGGGACGACGACGACGACGACGACGACGAGGAGGAGGAGGAGAGGGACGACCCCGCGGAACCCCCUCCCCGCGCCGGCGGCCCGCUCGCCACCUGCUGCCUCUUCCCGGAGCGGGACCGGCCGGCGCCGCCGGAUUCGCACCCGGCCCCCGCGGCCGAGCCGCCGCGGGAGGCGGACCUGAAGGCGCUGAGUUAUUCGGUGCUGAAGCGGCUGAAGGAGCGGGGUCUGUGCAGCCUGCUGGAGGCCGUGGAGUCCCGCGGGGGCCUGGCCGGGGGCUGCGUCCUCGUCCCCCGGGCCCACCCGGCCGGGUGGGCCGCCGCCGCCGCCGCCUCCUCCUCCAGGCAGGCCUCCGCCGCGCCCCCGCACCUGGUCCUCGCCCGCCUCUUCCGCUGGCCCGACCUGCAGCACGCCGCCCAGCUCAAGCCCCUCUGCGGAUGCCACAGCUUCGCCCACCCCGACGCCCGCAGCCCCCUGGUCUGCUGCAACCCCUAUCACUUCGGACGCCUCUGCGGACCAGAAUCUCCACCACCCCCUUAUUCUCGGCUUUCUCCAGACGAGGAGCAAAAGCCGUUGGAUCUAUCAGAAUCCACGUUGUCUUACACUGAAACAGAGGCUACAAACUCGCUGAACAUCAUGACUGGCGAAUUCUCAGACGCCAGCAUGUCCCCCGACACCAUGAAGCAGAGCCACUGGUGCAACGUCGCCUACUGGGAGCACCGGACUCGAGUGGGCCGCCUCUACACAGUGUACGAACAGUCCGUCAGUAUCUUCUACGACCUACCUCAAGGGAACGGCUUCUGCCUCGGCCAGCUCAACCUGGACCACCGGAGCGAGACGGUGAAAAGGACGCGCAGCAAGAUCGGCUACGGCAUCUUCCUCAGCAAGGAGCCUGACGGGGUGUGGGCCUACAACCGGGGCGACCACCCCAUCUUCGUCAACUCCCCGACGCUGGACAUUCCCAACUGCAGGACCGUCAUCGUGCGCAAAGUCAUGCCAGGCUACUCCAUCAAGGUGUUCGACUUCGACAAGUCUUGCCUCCUGCAGCACGCCGCCGACCUGGACUACGGCGACGGGCCCUACGACCCCAACAGCGUGAGGAUCAGUUUCGCCAAGGGCUGGGGCCCUUGCUAUUCCAGGCAGUUCAUCACCUCCUGCCCCUGCUGGCUCGAGAUCUUGCUCAGUAACCACAGAUAACAAUCGGCUGCCGCCGGGGGGAAGCAAAGGAGAAAACACACACACACACACACACGAACUCCCCCCUUCUCCCCCCACGGACGACCCCCAAAAUAUCACCUACCUAGAUUUAAUAUAAAGUUUUAUAUAUUAUAUGGAAAUAUAUAUAUUAUACUUGUAAUUAUGGAGUCAUUUUUACAAUGUAAUUAUUUAUGUACGGUGCAAUGUGUAUAUGGACAAAGAAAGGAAAAUGCACUUUGGCUUAUAGAAUUCUUUCAAUACAGAUUUUUAAGAGGAAAAGAAAAAAACACAGCAGAAUCCGGAGAGAACCCCGAAAUCUGGUGUGUGGUUUUUUUUUAAAUAUUAUUAAUACCCAGAAAAAAAGCUAAUACCAGUCACUCAUUGAUAAUAAAGUAUUCGCAUUAUAGCU